CUCGUACGCUAUAGUUGUCUCUGACUGGUUUCCAGCUUUAUUGAAAGUAAUGGCAUUUUCCCCAUUGACCUGUUGGUAAUUCUGGAGUAAUAACUAUCCUAACGAUGUAACUCUUUGCUAAGGCGACUGCCAAAAGAACUGAUGCAGAAAAAAGCAAAUAAUUAACAAAGGAUUUGUGAAGAGGGCAGAUCAUAUAAAUUUAUCACUUUCUUUCUCAAUGAGCAAAUGGAUACACAGACGGAUAUCAAUUUACUGCGACCGCAAAUGACGUUGCGAAACAUGAAUUCUGGCAGUGUAUUCUAUAUGCCUUUAACAUCGUUUGCAGAGAUGUGGUAUCAAAUAUUUCUCUGGGCCCUGUUUUCCUCGAUAUUUGUACAUACGAUUGCUGGUGCAAUUUGUUUUGCUACUUUGCGACAGCACAAAUACGGCAAAUUUUUCCCAUUGCUUAUCAUAAUAAUGGGUGUACUAUUGCCACUGACAUCGGGUGUCGUCAGUUCAGCGGCAGUUGCCUUUGUAUAUAGAGCAUCUGGCUAUCAAAUGCCACCUUUAUAUGCAUUGUUUUGGGGUAUUGGACAGACUGUAGUACCGGUGUGCGUUGGAUUCACACGAAUAUUGGCGACUUUGUAACCUGUUAUUUAUUACAAAUACUGCAUUUGUGAUGUAUUUAUGUGUAUAUAAGAACAGCAGUCAAGCAUUUUUUUUAAAUUAGGUAUGUACAUAUUAGGCGUGGGAAAAAGUUAUAUCUAAUGGGGAAAACACCACGAACUUUUUCUCAUACCUGAUAUAUAAGUAGUCCAUCGUUGUGGGCAUUUAUAGUUGUAUUGAGCUGACUGUAAAAGUGGAAAAAAUUUUAAUAUUAUUAAGAAGAUGAGGAAUAUUUUCUAUUUGGUGACACACAAUAGUUGUUCUGUCUUUAUUACUCACGAAAUAGCAAAAAAAAAAUAGAAUGACAUUUGUAUCAACUUGUAUAUCAGUAAAAAUAUGUUUUCAGGAAGAUGCUUUUAGCGCUUCGAAUCAGUUUAUUCUUGUUUCAUGCCUAAUAAACGCUAAAUAAAGAUAGAGAUAGAGGAUGCUUUCCAUUCAUACUAAUACAAAUUGAUACAUUUUAUGUUUCUCGACAACUUUAAUGAAUAACAAGGACAAUAAUACUUGUGUUGAUUUGUGUCAUUAAAUAGAAAAAAUAAAGAAUGACAAAUAGUGUCUUCCCGAACGCACUUUAAAUAAAAGAUAUCCAAAUGGAAGAUUAUCCAAUUGGAAGAAUUCA